GCGGUCGUUUGGACGGUUUCCCAUGUAAGCACGAACGACAUGCUGAAGCAGAGCGGCCUAGACAUACCGCCAAAUCGGGGUUACAUUUCGACGACAACGUCGUAUGAUGACGCCCUCGCGCUGGCCCAGCAAGAAAAACCAGCCAAUGGACAGAUUUGGAUUUACGUUAUCAACACAAAAUUGGCUCAUGAUUUGGGCGUCGAGUUCAAAAGUGUAGACAAAACUUUCGACACGGCUCAUUAUCCUUACAAAACCUACAGCGAGAAUGAAUGGACGGUGAAUGCUAAGAUCCCUAGCAAAGCCAUCACAUACUAUCGGACUAUAAAGAGCAAUAACAAAAUGUCUCACGGUGUAUUUGACAAUUUUGGGCGAUCUGGGUGGUAGAGUUAACCAUAUAAAGUCACUGAUGACCAUGCGCAUAGCAACAAAGAAUUUGUUAGCAUGUGAGAGAGCCACAGACAGAGAGGCAGAGGGAGCGUGAGAGAAAAAAAAGAAAAAAAAGAAAACGGAAUAAAAUUAAAAACGUGCACAGUCGAAGAGCUUUCUUGACCAAAUAUUUGCCGUACUUCGGGUUUUAAAAAAAACCCUUGCGAUUCCAGCACCUGGCUCCCUUGUCAAAACCGUUGGCUCCCUUACCUACCUUAGUGCAGAUUUGGACAUAUCAGAAACCAUAGCAAUCUAUCGUUGAACUUUAUCAGAUCCGAACGUUUCGCUACCAUCUUAUCAUCCAAGGUA